CAGUUUGAUUUAAACACUCACACGGAACAGAACGAAACGGAAUACACCGAAAAUGGCGCAGGCAAAGGUGUUGCCACAAUAUAUAGCCGGUCUAUCGGCGGCAUUUGGAGCCUUCUGUAUGGGCGCCAGCAUGGGCUGGUCAGCUCCUGCCGAGAAAAUGCUGACUGAGGACGAGGACUAUGGUUUUCCAGUGUCCGGGGAUCAGUUUGGCUGGAUCUCCUCUUUGUUGACACUGGGCGCUACAGUUGUGUGCAUUCCCAUUGGAUUCAUCAUUGACAUAUUUGGACGUAGGCCGACCAUGUUGGCAUUAAUACCUCCAUACAUGGUUGGUUGGUUUCUGAUGAUCUUUGCAAAUAGUGUAAUAAUGCUAUAUUUUGGCCGAUUUAUUCUUGGAGUCUGUGGAGGAGCGUUCUGUGUGGCUGCUUCGAUGUACAGCACGGAGAUCUCGACAAUUGAUACUCGUGGCAAAUUGGGCAGCUUCUUUCAGCUGAACACCGUCUCGGGACUGCUCUAUGGAUCCAUAGUUGGUGGCUUCACUCCACUCCUGGCCACCAAUAUAUUGUGUGCGAUACUGCCUCUAAUCUUUGCUCUGGUCCACUACUUCAUGCCAGAGUCACCAGUUUAUUAUGCCAUGAAGGGACGACGGGAUGAUGCAACCAAGUCGCUGAUCUGGCUGCGUGGCAAGAAUUGCGAUAUCAGCGAAGAGCUCAAUGAAAUGAUGGAGGCGAGCAACAAGGGAGUCGAUGAGCCCAAGGUAAACAUUUUCAGGGCACUGCGACGUCCCAUAACGCUCAAAGGACUCAGCAUCGCAGUGAUCCUGCAGGCUCUGCAGCAGUGGACGGGCAUUAAUGCCAUCAUGUUCUACUCAACAUCCAUUUUUGAGGAGGUGGGCGCCGGAUUACCUGGACGCGUCUGCACGGUCCUCAUUGGACUUACACAGGUGGUGAUGACGCUGAUUGCGGCGUUGAUCAUCGACAAGGCUGGUAGGCGCAUCCUGUUGCUCGUCUCUGCCUUCUUUAUGGCCAUCACCACCUGCCUGAUGGGCGUCUAUUUCCAAAUGAGUCAAAGCGAUCCGGAUUCAGUGACAUCCAUUGGCUGGUUGCCAAUUACUAGCAUCCUGCUGUUCAUUGUGUUCUUCUCGAUUGGCUUCGGACCAGUGCCCUGGCUGAUAAUGGCCGAGCUAUUCACCGAGGAUGUGAAGAGUGUCGCCGGCUCCAUUGCGGGGACCAGCAACUGGUUCUCGGCAUUCCUGGUCACGCUGCUCUUCCCGAUCCUGAAGAACUGCAUUGGGUCUGGUCCAACAUUUUGGAUAUUUUCGGCCAUCGCCAUUGUCGCCUUCGUUUAUUGCUUGUUGUGUGUGCCGGAGACGAAGGGCAAAACACUGGCGGAGAUUCAGCUGAUGUUGGCCGGAGGCAAAAAAGGCAAAGAUGCUGAGACGAGCUUCGAUCCUAAGAUUGAGGGGCUCAAAGAGAAUUUGUAAGCUUAUAAAUAUAAAUGUAUGUUUUUGUUUUAUAUCUAAAUCUAGAUUGUAACACUUUAGUCUCUAAGAACAAUACUGUGCAUAACUGUAACUGUAACUGUAAGCUAGCAAAAAAAUUAAUUAUAUUAUUAAAAAUAUAUUAAAUAGUAGCGACAUUUAAUGCCCAUUUUUAAUUGCAGGCUUGAUAUCAUCAAAAUUAUUCAAAACAAACAAAAAUUAUGAAUGGAAUACACUCAGAGAAAAACACUGCCCAAGAACAUUAUAAAUACAAUUUUUAAGCUUGUCAAAAGUGAUUUAUAAUCUCGAUCGUUUCUUCAGGACUUUGCCUUCUACUGUCUUUAUUUAUUUAUAAAUAUUCUAUACAACAAUAUCUUAGAACAGCUUCUUAUCAGUAUUGUUAAAUUGCAACUUGUAAAUAAAUAAAAUAAAUUAUCGUA